AGUUGUCUCUGCCCUGACCAAAGAUGGCGGCCCGAGCGCCGCUCGCCCACCUCCCGUAACCAAUGGAGCCCCGACGCUCGGCUGACUCACCAGGGCGACCUCGGCACUACGUUGCAUGAUGCAACGCUCGAGUCUGGGAAGCCUCCGGUGCACGUUAGGGUGAUAAGGCGGUGUCGGUGUUGUGGUCGUUGUCCUUGGAGGUGAUCAGAGCGACCGCAGGGAUGGUGCUAGCAGAGCUGUAUGUCUCAGAUCGAGAGGGAAAUGAUGCCACGGGAGAUGGAACCAAGGAGAAACCAUUUAAAACGGGUCUCAAGGCUUUGAUGACAGUAGGAAAAGAACCGUUUCCUACUAUUUACGUAGAUUCACAAAAAGAAAAUGAGAGGUGGGAUGUUAUUUCUAAAUCACAGAUGAAGAAUAUUAGAAAAAUGUGGCAUAGGGAACAAAUGAAGAAUGAGUCCCGGGAAAAGAAAGAAGCAGAAGAUAAUUUGCGAAGAGAAAAGAACCUAGAAGAAGCAAAAAAGAUUACCAUUAAAAACGAUUCAAGUCUUCCAGAAGCAAAAUGUGUAAGUGUGUAUAUCAUUUCGAAUAUCGUGGACUUGGCUACAUUAAAUUACAAAAAAGGAAUCUGUAGUGCCUUGAGAACAGCCUGGCUAAAUUUUUAUUUCUCAUUUUUAGGGAAGAAUUUAAUGUUUCUGGUAUUGCGGGAUGGUACAGGUUAUCUUCAGUGUGUCUUGUCGGAUGAGUUGUGCCAGUGUUACAACGGAGUAGUCUUGUCUACUGAGAGUAGUGUUGCAGUGUAUGGAAUGCUAAAUCUUACCCCAAAGGGCAAGCAGGCUCCAGGGGGCCACGAGCUGAGUUGUGACUUCUGGGAACUGCUUGGGUUGGCCCCUGCUGGAGGCGCUGAUAACUUGAUCAACGAAGAGUCUGACGUCGACGUCCAGCUCAACAAUAGACACAUGAUGAUCCGAGGAGAAAAUAUGUCCAAAAUCCUAAAAGCACGUUCCGUAGUCACCAGGUGCUUCAGAGAUCACUUCUUUGAUAGGGGGUACUGUGAAGUGACGCCUCCAACACUAGUGCAAACGCAAGUGGAAGGGGGUGCUACGCUCUUCAAGCUUGACUAUUUCGGGGAAGAGGCAUUUUUGACUCAGUCCUCUCAGUUGUACCUGGAGACCUGCCUUCCAGCCCUGGGGGAUGUCUUUUGUAUCACACAGUCAUACAGGGCGGAACAGUCUAGAACACGAAGGCACCUGGCUGAGUACAGUCAUGUGGAAGCCGAGUGCCCUUUCCUGACCUUUGAGGAUCUCCUGAACCGAUUGGAGGACUUGAUCUGUGACGUGGUAGAUAGAGUCUUGAAGUCUCCUGCAGCAAGUGUAGUGUAUGACCUCAACCCGAACUUUAAGCCCCCCAAACGGCCUUUCAGACGGAUGAACUAUUCAGAUGCUAUUGUGUGGCUAAAAGAACACAAUAUAAAAAAAGAAGAUGGAACUUUCUAUGAAUUUGGAGAAGAUAUCCCAGAAGCUCCUGAGAGACUGAUGACAGACACCAUUAAUGAACCCAUCUUGCUGUGUCGAUUUCCUGUGGAGAUCAAGUCCUUCUAUAUGCAGCGAUGUCCUGAGGAUUCCCGUCUUACCGAAUCUGUUGACGUCUUGAUGCCCAAUGUUGGUGAGAUUGUGGGAGGCUCAAUGCGUAUCUGGGACAGUGAAGAAAUACUGGCAGGUUAUAAAAGGGAAGGGAUUGACCCCACUCCCUACUACUGGUAUACAGAUCAGAGAAAAUAUGGUACCUGUCCUCAUGGAGGAUUUGGCUUGGGUCUGGAACGGUUCUUAACUUGGAUCCUGAAUAGAUACCACAUCCGAGAUGUGUGCUUAUACCCCCGGUUUGUCCAGCGCUGCACGCCAUAACUGAGUCCCCCUGAAGCAUGAAGGAAAAAAUAUGGUUCAUGAAAGGGAUAGGCUGCCUCUUUAAAAAAAAACAAAAAGCCAGAAUCUUCCCUUUUUGUUCCAUUGGUGUAUAACUGUUUCUAUUCUCUAUGUUUUUUAUUCCUUCUACCAUAAAAAGUAGCCCAGAUUACUUGAACAUCAAGUGAUGUUGAUAUUGUCAUUUUAAGAAAAAUAUCCAUUACAAAGUUUGGGGGAAAUACAUGGCAAGUAACUCUAUAGUUGAGGAUACAGAUCAGCUUUUUAUCCAGUUAUAGGUCAUAAUUUUGGGGUUAUAUACAUAAUUAAACAGUUUUAAAUUAUGGUCUAAGACAUUCCAGUAACUUAAUUUUUCUGUCUUUUUAAGUGUAACUGGAAUUCUCUAAUUUAUUUUAUUGCAUCAUUGAGUUAAAACAAACAUCUUGGGUGGAAAUUGGCAAUAUGGUGUGAAAAUCUGCUGGUAGUAGAACAGGGUAUAAUUCAGCAGUAGAUACUAGAAUCAAAUGAAUGUGCAAGUCUUGCGCAUCAGUUAUUAACCUUUUCUGAAUCUGCAUAGCUACUUAUAAUUCUGAGGCAUACAAAUUGAUACGGAAGGAUUUGUAAGAAUGGAAUUUCCUUAAUAUGAAAUAAGAGCAUAAUUUGAGGAGAUACUUAAAUGAUUCACAGCAUCCCUCUUAGCAUUAGUUUAAGCUAAAGAGGCAGACUGAUCUUCCCUUUCCUGGUAAUUCCUAAGUAAUUAAGAAUAAAUAAGUUCAAAAACAAUUUGCUGCUAGCAUCUUAAUAACAACUGUAAGUGGCUGUUUGAGUUGCCCCUGCCAUGUCCUUAGAUCUAAUCUGUGCUACCUUAUUAACUCACAGCAGGCUUCUUGAAUGGCUUCAUUUCAGAUUUAGUUAAUUUCUCCCCCAAAUGCAUGUCAUGUAUUCUCAGUAGGCUGUAUUCCCAGCAAUCAAUAAAUGAACACACGUAAAAACUC